UUUGAAUAUGAGUUAUAAGAUAUACAACAUUUCCCCAGCGAUGACGUGUUUGCCCACUUCAGGGUGUCACUGUCGUAAAACUGAACGCCCGCUUUCCGGCAGCUGUACGCACGUGUCUACUGUUGAGCUCUUCAAGCGUUUAUCACACCAGUUCUUCUCCUCCUCGGAUACGGUUGCCAUGGCGAAGAGUCUGCGCAGUAAGUGGAAGAGGAAGAUGAGAGCGGAGAAGAGGAAGAAGAACGCGCCGAAGGAGCUGGCUCGGCUGAAAGCGGUUCUGGGUCAGGAGGGGAAAGGAGAGAUCAGCAUGAAGGAGGUGUGUGAGUCGGCCACGCUGGUCUCGGCUCGCGGGCUGCCGGCGAGGGAGCAGGACGUGGAGAUGAGCGCUGAAGACGCCGCCGAGCAGAAUGAGAUGGGGAAGAUGGAGAUGGACAGCAAGCGGAGCAAGGACACUCUGCUGAAUGAACAUGGACAGUAUCCAGUGUGGAUGAGCCAGAGAAAAGCCAAGAAACUCAAAAAACAGCGCCUGGGGAAGAAAACGGGCCAGAAGAAGAAGAAGAAGGGUCUGGCCUGGUAGAUACAAACAUACACACACACUUGAGUGUGUGUGUGUGUGUGAGUGGUGGUUUAAUGUACAGUUUAUGGACUGUUUUAUUGUGUGUGUGAUGCAGACAGAUGUGUGAGUCUGUACGUAAUGCUGAAUUAUAUAACGCUGUUCCUCUUCAGAACAGUUGGAGGUGAAAACGGUGUGAAACGCAGUGAACAGUGAACGCUGCAUUUUACACUUAAAGUGCAUGAUGUAAUAAUGAGGCGGAGUUUUGUUACCUCGCAAAAAAAAAAAAAAAACACACCCUGUGAUUUCUAUGUGUGUAAUUCUUUUUUUUUUCCUGUAAAUCAGUUUUCAUUUAUUAAACUCUAACAUUCUCCCGAUCAUCUGUUUGAGUUUAUUAUAAAAUCUAAAGGUGGAACGGUCUGUAUAAUCAACUGUACAGGUAAUGUAGCUUAAAUUCUUAAAGGAAACGUUCGUGUUUUGGCUUCAGUACGAAACCAAAGACGUAAAAUGUGCAUGGAUGUAAAUUUAAAGAGGAGACGCUACAGAACAAUAGAGUUAUUAAAACAAAUAGACUUGACAAUUAAUCUUAUGAUAAUUGAACACCUUAAAAUCUAAACAAUACAAAUGAGCCUUCAUCUAAAUAAAUAUGCAUAAAUUUCAUACUUAAUAAACCCAAAAAUCCAGUCUACCAUUUCUUUAUGGUUUAUUGUUUAUUCUUUUAUAUAAAAUGAUUUUAUUUUUCCAGUAUAAACUCUAACAACUUUAAGAAAUGUAUUAAACCGCAAUACAAAUGUAAUUAUUGUUUUUGAUCAAUAAACGUUGAUGUUUCUGAA